ACCUUCUUUCAACCUUCUGUCGUUCUUUGCGACGCACAGCAGCCCAGACAAUCGAGGCCUGAACCAUUCCCCCAUAGUAGCAGUGCCCACUCCCAACAGUGCAUCCCUCGGACUCCAGCACCGAAAUGCCCUCCAACCCCACACCCUCUGCAUCCGCCGCCAACCCACCUCCUCCUUCAACCACACCCCGCUUCAACCAGUGGCACAACACAUUCCCACCCAUCAGACCCACCGCCAAGACCCGAGCGUCCAAACGACCGCGCGACCGAGAUGAUGCGCCCUCGCAGGAGACACGGGCUGGAAAAUCUAUCGCGAGGAGGGUUGCGGAUAAUGGGGUGAUGAAUUGGGAUGCGUGGGAUAUGGAUGCGUGGAAGGGGAUGAACGCCGGGUUUGAUAUUGAUAACGAGAGAACAGAUGAACAGGAAGCACCAGAGACGGACACGACAAUGGUCAUGCCAUCGAACCCCAUCACGCAGGACAGAAGCAAUUGGCUCGUCCCGCAGGUGGUGAAGAUCGGGGCGGUCGUGGCUGCGAGUCAGAUUACGGUUUGUUCUCGCUUUUUGAUCUCGCAUACCGCCGGGCGUCUUAUUUUGUUUUUUGUGGAAUUGUUGGGUAGUGCGUGUAUGGCCGGAUCGUAUCCAUCGGAAAAAUCUUCCAUUGCAAACCGAAAGGUAACGCACACACCCGGCAUCAUACAUGUCGCAAACAUCCAAUUCCCCACCUAUAGGAACAGACCCCUCGCCCGUCCUGCACACAUUCAUCGUAAAAGACGACGUAAGUUCAGCACCGUUCGCAUUUUAAAAGUUCAGGGCAACAACUGGACCCUCACAAGUUCGUCAUGCAAAAAGACCGGGUUAGCCCUCGUGAAAUGCUACGCGAGCACUCCAGAACGCGAGCAGGAACUGGCGGGUAUCUCUGUACGUUACCCCAUGAUUACCCAUAACAUAAACCCACAAACCUCAUACCUCCCCUAUACAGCUUAACGCAGUCGUCAAAGGUAACGUGCCCUCACUGCUCUCAUACCCUCAUCACCAGCAUGUCAUAUAUCCUCCCCAACAGUCCAAGCCUCCCAAACCUACCACACCCACCGGUCCCCAUCCUCCUUCACUCCGGGGCCCACAUAUGUAUCCCAGCAACAGCGACGACACACGCACACCCAACCACAGAUAGAAUUCAGGAUAACCAAAAAGGACCCCUCGGCGAUGUUUGAGCGGGUUGGGGAGGGGAUCGUCAAUGUUGGUGCCGCUGUG